AGAGUCAUCUUGAAGAAACAAACAAAAAAAUCACAGAGUCUUGCUAAUUCCUGGAUCAGUUGCACCUGCUCUGUUCUUGCUUUCCUCCUCCUCGCUGUUGCACUUGGCCAGCUUUCCUGGGCUAUAUUUAGCAGCAGGACAUGGCAAAGGGAAAAACAAUCACCAGAAGAGCAAAUUCUGCCCCCCAUUAUCUUUUCUUGGCUCAUGGCCAGCACAAGAGGAAUUAAAGCAAAAGGGAGGACAGAUUGAGGUGGUAGGAAGAAGAAGAGGAGGAAGAAGAAGAAAGCCCCCAAUUAAAGGCUGCUGCAGCAAGAGCAAAGCAAGGCAAAGGCUAGGCUGGCCUUGCUGUCUAAUCCAGAUGACCAGAUUUCUGUCCAUCUAUCUUUAGGCAGCGGGUCGGAACGGAGGUUGCUGCUGCUUGGGGAUUUCAAUUGCUUCUUGCGGGCGGAGGGGCAGGCAGACAGGGGAGCGAGGGAGGAGGAAGAAGGGUUGGGGGAGGCGGAACAGAGGAGCUCCAUCUCCCCUGUUUCCUGCUCCUCCGAUCCUCCCAUCAUCCAUCGUCCCCUGUUUGCUUCUUCGCUCCCCUGCAGCCGGUGGUCGGUUCUCGGGCAGGGCCGGCCGCGGGCCAUGGGGUGCGCGGCGUCCAAGGGGGCGGCGGUGGGGUCGCCGGGGUACGAGGUGGCGUCCUCGUCGGCGGCGGGGGCGGUGUCCGUGAGCGCGACGUCGGCGGCGUCUAUAUGGAGGCGGCCGGUGCGGCUGGAGUCGUUUGAUCUUGGCCGGGAGGAGAAGGAGGAGGAGGAAGCCGGCGAGGAGAAGAAUGGCGGGCGGCGGCGGCUGCGGAACCUGCAGCCGCAGGUGCACGGACGGCACGUGGACGCGGAGCACGCGGCCGCCGGCUGGCCGGCGUGGCUGAGCUCCGCGGCCGCCGAGGCCGUCCAUGGCUGGGUCCCCCUCAAGGCCGACCGCUUCGAGAAGCUCGAGAAGGUCGGUCAGGGGACGUACAGCAGCGUGUUCCGGGCCUGGGACCUGGACGGCGGUCGCGCGGUGGCGCUGAAGAAGGUCCGGUUCGACGCGUCGGAGCCGGGCAGCGUGCGGUUCAUGGCGCGCGAGAUCAUCGUCCUCCGCCGCCUCCAUGGCCACCCCAACGUGGUCUCCCUCCACGGCCUCAUCGUCCCCCGCUCCUCCCCCAACCACCUCUACCUCGUCCUCGAGUUCCUCCCCCACGACCUCGCCGCCCUCCUCUCCUCCCAAUCCAACACCGCCCCCUUCUCCCCUCCCCAAAUCAAGAGCUAUAUGAGGCAGCUGAUGGCGGGGCUGGAGCACUGCCAUGGGAGAGAGGUGAUGCACAGGGACAUCAAGAGCGCCAACCUGCUGGUGAGCGCCGGGGGCGAGCUCAAGGUGGCCGACUUCGGCCUGGCAAACCUCUUCUUCGAUUCAUCGUCGUCGUCUCCGUCUCGGGCGGCGGCGAUGACGAGCCGGGUGGUGACGCUGUGGUACAGGCCGCCGGAGCUGCUGCUGGGGGCGACGGCGUACGGGCCGGCCGUGGACCUGUGGAGCGCGGGCUGUGUCUUCGCCGAACUCCACGCGGGCCGGCCCGUGCUGCAGGGCCGCACCGAGGUCGAGCAGAUCCACAAGAUCUUCAAGCUCUGCGGCUCCCCCGCCGCCCACGACGACGGAUGCUCCUGGGCCGGGCCUGGCUUGGCCGCGUUCCGGCCGCAGACGCCGUACGAGAGCCGCCUCAGGGAGACCUUCGCCGGGGUGGUGCCCGACGAGCCCGCGUUCGCGCUCCUCGAGACGCUGCUCUCCGUCGACCCCAGGCGCCGGGGCACCGCCGCCGCCGCGCUCGCCUCCGGCUACUUCGCCGCCGCACGCGGCUGCGAGGCUCCGUCCGCCUUGCCGCUUCCCCAGCCGCAGCCGCCACAGCGCGCCGCCGCCGUCCACGCCGAGGAGUCGCUGCUGCUGCCGCGCGCACCGCCGCCGGAGAAGAAGCAGGAGGCGGCGGCUGUGGCCGGCCCCGUGCAGCUCGCCGCGUCCACCGGCUUCGCGUGGGCCAAGAAGCCCAGAGCACCACCGGCGGCGGCCUCAAAGCCCAAGGCCAGGCCCAGCAAGGCCUCGGCGUACGAGGCGGAGAAGCAGGAGAUGAUGAAGCAGUGGGAGCAGAUCACGGAGGCUUUCUGCACCGCCUCCUCCCCCGGAGACGAAGAAGAUGAAAAACAACAAUCCUACAACAACAGCAGCAGCAGCAGGUCCAUCAGAGACGCGGCCAAGCAGCUCAACAAGAGCAGCAGCAGCAGCAGCAAGAGCAAGGGCAUGGCGAGGGUGGACUACUCCGGGCCGCUGCUGUCGCAGCCCGGGUGCGUGGACGAGCUCCUGCGCAGCCACGAGCAGCACAUCCGCCGCCGAGCCGCCGCACGCCGCUCCUGGUUCCACAAAGGGAGCAAGAGGGAGCAGCAGCAGCCAUGUCAGUGAUGGCCGGAUCGCACACACCACAGCCAGCAGCACAAUAGCAAUAGUAUCAUUCAUCUGUCUGAACAAAUUAACACGGGGAACUGAAUGGAAUGGAACUGCGUGCUGUUUGCAAACUGUGGAAUUCUAUGGGGAUCGAUCGUCCAUGCAUGGCUUCCCGAUCGAUCGAGCUAGCUUGUGUAUAUAUAUAUUGCGAUCGAUCGAGAUUGUAUUUGCGAAUUGCGAUAGAGCUGCAACAUUGCCAGUUUUGCCACCUCCAUGGGUGGAUCUCUCUGCUUU